GAUCCAACGGCUGUAAUGACGUCGUUGGAUGAGGCUAGGGUUUUAGGUAGCGAGAGCAGUAUCAAACCAUAUAUAAUCAAACCCUUGUUCAUUCGACUCGGUUGCGGUGCCGCCACCAAUACUCUGGUUGCUGCCGUCGUUUUCGUCUUUGCAUCAUUUGUUGAUUUUUUUCUCCGGUGGUGUUUUCCGAAUACCCUUUAUCUUCUUAUUCUUCUUCUACCCAUAAAAAACGAAAAAGAGAAAAAAAUGGCGCAGGUUGAGGUUCCUACUCAAAAUGGCGUGACAAACGUUGCAAACGGCGUAGGGCAGAUGGUGACGACGUCGCUGUAUGUUGGGGAUCUUGAUGCCACCAUCAACGAAACCCAGCUCUUCGAGAUGUUUAGUCAAAUGGGUCAGGUUGUUUCGGUUCGGGUCUGCAGGGAUCUGAGCUCACGACGCUCCCUUGGCUAUGGUUAUGUAAAUUUCAGUAAUCCCCAAGAAGCUUCUCGGGCAUUGAAUAUGAUGAAUUUUUCUGUUGUCAAUGGUAAGCCAAUUAGGAUAAUGUAUUCUAAUCGGGACCCUAGUAUUCGAAAAAGUGGAACUGGAAAUAUAUUUGUUAAGAACUUGGAUAAAGGAAUUGACAACAAAGCUCUACAUGAAACAUUUUCAACAUUUGGGAAUAUUUUGUCUUGCAAAAUAGCCACUGAUGCUUCGGGUCAGUCCAAAGGAUAUGGUUUUGUACAAUUUGACACUGAGGAGGCUGCUCAAAGUGCUAUUGAGAAGCUGAAUGGCAUGCUACUUAAUGACAAACAAGUUUUUGUUGGACCCUUUGUUCGUAAAGAGGAAAGAGAGUUUGGCGCUGAGAAGGUCAAAUUCAACAAUGUUUAUGUAAAGAAUUUUUCCGAAUCUUUGAGUGAAGACGAUUUAAAGAACAUUUUUGGUGAAUAUGGAGCUAUUACUAGUGUAGUAGUUAUGAGAGAUGGAGAAGGAAAAUCAAAAGGAUUUGGAUUUGUUAACUUUGAAGAACCAGAUGAUGCGGCUCGAUCUGUUGAGGCUCUUAAUGGUAAGAAGUUUGAUGACAAAGAGUGGUAUGUUGGGAAGGCCCAGAAAAAAGCUGAAAGAGAGAUGGAAUUGAAAGGAAGAUUUGAGCAGACUGUCAAGGAGACAGUAGACAAGAAUGAAGGACUGAAUCUGUAUGUUAAAAAUCUAGAUGAUAGUGUGACUGAUGAAAAGCUAAAGGAAUUAUUCUCUGAGUUUGGUACAAUUACUUCAUGCAAGGUCAUGCGUGAACCUAGCGGUGUGAGUAGGGGAUCUGGAUUUGUUGCUUUAUCCACUGCUGAGGAAGCAUCCCGAGCUCUUGUGGAGAUGAACGGUAAAAUGAUUGUUAGCAAGCCACUGUAUGUAGCAGUUGCACAACGCAAAGAGGAUAGAAGAGCAAGGUUGCAGGCACAGUUCUCUCAAUUGCGUCCACCUGCAAUGGUGCCCCAAGUUAACCCCCGUAUGCCUAUGUAUCCACCGGGUGCUCCAGGCCUUGGACAGCAACUAUUCUAUGGUCAAGGCCCUCCUGCUAUCAUUCCUCCUCAACCCGGAUUUGGAUAUCAACAGCAAUUACUUCCUGGGGUGAGACCAAACUUUUAUAUGCCCAUUGUCCAACCAGGUCAGCAGAAUCAACGUCCUGGGGGUAGACGAGCUGGAGCAGGGCCUGUACAACAAAAUCGGCAGCCGCCACUCGUGCAGCCACAGCAGAUGCUUCCUAGGGGACGUGGUUACCACCGUUUCCCACCAGGUCGCAACAUGCCUGAUCUUUCCAUUGGUGGUGCUCCUGGAGGCAUGCUACCUGUUCCUUACAACAUGGGUGGAGUUCCUUUUAGAGAUGCUUCAUUUACCCAACCAAUGUCCACUGGAGCUUUGGCUACUGCCCUAGCCAAUUCCACACCCGAACAGCAGAGGACAUUGCUGGGAGAGAACUUGUACCCACUUGUGGAUCAGUUGGAGCAUGAAAAUGCAGCUAAAGUCACUGGCAUGCUUCUAGAAAUGGACCAGACUGAGGUUUUGCACUUGCUCGAGUCACCUGAUGCCUUGAAAGCCAAAGUUGCUGAAGCUAUGGAUGUUUUGAGGAAUGUCACUCAGCAGUCGCAGCAGCCUCAGGUCAGCAGUCCAACUGAUCGGUUGGCUGCAUUGUCGCUGACUGACAACCUUGUCUCUUGAGUUUUCACAGCAGAGCAAGGUGCCUAGGAUUAGCAGCAUGCUAAUUGAAGAUCUCAAUUUUGAAAUUUUGUUCCUGGUUUUUAGUUGCUGCUUAAGAUGAGUUGUUUUAGAAUGUAGCAUCCAAUUAUUGACAUGGAAUUUUAUUUGUGUGAGUUAAGAAUUUAUCGCACACCUGUUGCUGAAAUUAUGAGUUAUUUUUUCAUUUGCUGCUAUUUACGUUGGUAUGAGUUUCAUGGCA